GCAGCUUGUUGCUAGGUUGGGUGACGUCACCAGGCUUUAGUGACAGCCUCUCGCUGUGGUUAUUUUCCGGGACGGAGAAGGAAAGGGGGGACCGAGAAAAUCCGCAGUAAUCCUCCGUUACCAAGGCACCGGGGAAACCGGGAGCGGCGAGAACAGCCAGCGCACAAUCAGACCCGACCACCCAGACCCGUAUUGUUGGCCCUGACAGCGGAUGGAGGCCGUGAACUGAUGGUGAAAAGUGCCCCGGGGUUCAGAGGCGGAGUGCGGGCCUGAGCGCUGCCAUGGAGCUGAGGGUCGGGAACAGGUAUCGGCUGGGACGAAAGAUCGGCAGUGGCUCUUUCGGGGACAUUUAUUUAGGCACUGACAUAGCAGCAGCUGAGGAAGUCGCAAUAAAGUUAGAAUGCGUGAAGACGAAACAUCCCCAGCUCCACAUCGAGAGCAAGAUCUACAAGAUGAUGCAAGGAGGAGUGGGAAUCCCAACCAUAAAGUGGUGUGGAGCGGAGGGCGACUAUAACGUCAUGGUGAUGGAGCUUCUGGGACCAAGCCUGGAAGAUCUCUUCAACUUUUGUUCCAGGAAAUUCAGCUUGAAGACUGUACUGCUGCUAGCUGACCAGAUGAUUAGUCGCAUCGAGUACAUCCAUUCCAAGAACUUCAUUCAUCGAGAUGUCAAGCCAGAUAAUUUUUUAAUGGGUCUCGGUAAGAAAGGGAAUCUGGUCUACAUCAUAGACUUUGGCCUGGCGAAGAAAUACAGAGACGCCCGCACACACCAGCAUAUACCCUACCGUGAAAAUAAAAACUUGACCGGCACCGCAAGAUACGCCUCCAUAAACACUCACCUGGGCAUUGAACAAUCUCGCAGGGAUGAUCUGGAGUCUCUCGGUUACGUGUUAAUGUAUUUCAACCUGGGCUCCCUUCCAUGGCAAGGACUGAAAGCCGCCACCAAGAGGCAGAAAUAUGAACGCAUCAGCGAGAAAAAGAUGUCAACGCCCAUUGAGGUCUUAUGUAAAAGUUACCCUUCGGAGUUUGCCACCUACCUGAACUUCUGUAGGUCUCUACGUUUCGAUGACAAGCCAGACUACUCUUACUUGAGGCAGUUAUUCAGGAAUCUGUUCCACCGUCAAGGCUUCUCCUACGAUUAUGUGUUUGACUGGAACAUGCUGAAGUUUGGGGCAAGUCGUGCUGCUGAAGAUGCAGAACGUGAACGGAGAGAGCGGGAAGAGCGCCUGAGACACACACGGAACCCCGCAGUCCGAGGACUGCCCUCCACGGCUUCAGGUAGACUAAGAGGCACCCAGGAAGUCACUCCACCCACUCCUCUCACUCCAACCUCCCACACAGCAAACACUUCCCCCCGACCUGUUUCUGGCAUGGAGCGCGAGCGGAAAGUCAGCAUGAGGUUACAUCGCGGCGCUCCUGUUAACGUGUCGUCCUCUGACCUUACCGGCAGACAAGAUACCUCCCGCAUGUCAACCUCACAGAUUCCAAGUCGGGUGGCUUCCAGCGGUUUCCCUUCCACCGUUCACCGAUGAUCACGUUCCCCUCGGAGGGCGGUUUAAUGCAUGGCUAACCUUUUCAGUGGUUUCACUAGCGCAAAAAAAAAAAAAAUCUAAAAAAAAAAUACAAAUCACAACAGAACCCUGAAAUAAAAA